AUGGGGAUUGUGUCUGUUAUCCGGACUGAAACAAGUCUUCAUGAGCCUACGUACUUCUUUAUCUGUAAUCUUAUCAUCAACGGGAUAUUCGGAAGUUUCGUUUUUUACCCCAAAUUGAUGAUUGACCUGCUCGCUGGAUAUACUACUCUCUCAUUUGAAGGCUGCCUUAUCCAAGCAUUCUGCAUCCAGACCUACGCCUAUGUUGACAUUUUUAUGUUCACAGCCAUGGCAUAUGAUAUGUACUUGGCCAUCGGACAUCCUUUGAGGUACACGACACUAAUGACAAAUCGGAAAGCACUAACGUACAUAGCAGCAUCUUGGUGUUUUGUCCUUGUAGAUCAGAUGGUGUUUGUGGCAUGGACCUCUAGCCUUAGUUUGUGUGGGUUUACCGUCAAAAAUGUCUACUGUGAAACAAUGUCCCUCAUUAAGCUGUCCUGCGGUGAUGCCUAUUUAGUUAACCUCGUCGGAAGUUCCGUGACUCUGAUCAUUGUUAUGUCCUCUCUGCUUGUUGUCGUCUAUUGCUACAUACGGACAUCUAUGAUAUGCCUGAGGAUCUCUCGAGAAGCUUGUCAAAAGGCUAUCAACGCACUGGUGACCCACCUCAUCGCCUUCACCACUUACUUGGCUACAACUUUAUUUGUUAUCUUUUUUAGAUACAAAGAGAAUGGCGGGGCUACGUCUCGAACGGCACACUUGGUCCUGGCUAUGGCUGGAUUCGCUAUCACCAGCACUUUAAAUCCAUUUUUAUAUGGGUUACGGACAGAAGCUCUCAAAAUCAAACUGGUCAAAAGAAAGACGCGUAUCUUCAGAACUGGUUAA